AUGGAAUCACGAGAUAUUCAAGUCGAGGUCGGAAGCUCAGCGUCGUCAGAAGCCGAUAUGCAGCAUGAGACCGAGCCACUGUCUGUUGAGAUGGAGCCUUUCGCGAUACGCGAGACCCCAAUUGAACGAAAGGAGCUUAUCUCGAAAGCAGCUCAACAAUGUGAGGUAGAGGCCGGUCAGGAGGAAGUCAUGCCACUGUCCGCAGAGCACAUAAAAAGCUGCAUAUCCGUCUAUGAAUUCGUACUACCCCAUGGCAUUGAGAGGGAGAAGUUCCACGCGGCGUGGAAUGCAGCUGUUGAUGCAAACCCCAUUCUCCGAACUCGCAUCGUGCAGCUGGAGAGUGGAGGCAUGUAUCAAAUCGUUCUUCGAGGGGGGAUUCGGUGGGAUUUGCGUGAGCCAGGACAGCCAAUCCCAAGGCACUGGCACUCGGGGAAGAAGGGUGGACAGCCUCUGAUUCGCAUAGCGCUUAGUUCUCCAACAAUGUUAAGCACAGAGAGGUUCCAUUGCACCAUCAUGGUUCAUCGUGCCCUCAUGGAUGACCGGUCGUUACAUCCACUGCUGAGGCAAGUGGAGGCUGCAUAUAGCGGAGCGCGCCUACCUCACCAGCCAUUUAAAAACUUCAUUCACUAUGUGUCGAAGCCGACGACGAAAUAG